ACGUCUUGUUUAUUUCUUCCGGGAUUUCCAUGCGUUUUGUGCGCAUAUGUUGUGGACACACGUAAUCUAAAUAACUAGAGUUGUUUAACAUUAUGGGUAAAUUAAACGUCGUUGUGCUCAGAUAUCUCUCUCGAGAUGAUUUUCGGGUGUUGACGGCUGUUGAAAUGGGAAUGAAGAAUCACGAGUUCGUCCCGGUCAACUUGAUCGCAUCCAUCGCGAGCCUGAGACAUGGAGGAUGCAAUAAAGUCCUGAGAGAGCUGGUCAAACACAAACUGCUGGCCUACGAGCGCACCAGAACUGUACAGGGAUAUCGUCUGAACUAUGGUGGUUAUGAUUAUCUGGCUCUGAAGGCGCUGUCAUCUCGAAAUGUCAUUUUGUCUGUGGGAAACCAAAUGGGCGUCGGCAAAGAGUCUGACAUUUACAUCGUAGCCAAUGAAGAAGGGGAGCAGUUUGCUCUGAAGCUCCACAGACUCGGAAGAACAUCUUUCCGGAACCUGAAGAAUAAACGUGAUUACCACAAACACAGACGCAACAUGUCUUGGCUCUACCUGUCCCGGCUCUCCGCUAUGAAGGAAUACGCCUACAUGAAAGCCCUGUAUGACCGGGGCUUUCCUGUUCCAAAGCCAGUGGACUACAAUAGACAUGCGGUCGUUAUGGAGCUCCUCAAUGGCUAUCCUUUGUGUCAAGUGCGUGAAAUUCAAGACCCUGCCUCAUUGUACAGUGAAAUCAUGGAGCUGAUAGUCAAACUGGCCAAUCAUGGACUUAUUCAUGGAGAUUUUAACGAGUUCAAUCUGAUGCUCGACGACAACGAUCACGUAACAAUGAUUGACUUCCCGCAAAUGGUGUCCACUUCUCAUACAAAUGGACAAUGGUAUUUUGACAGAGAUGUCAAGUGCAUUAGAGACUUCUUCAUUAAACGAUUCAACUAUGAAAGUGAGCUGUACCCGACGUUUAAAGAUAUCAGAAAAGCCUGCUCUCUCGAUGUCGAGAUCUCAGCCAGCGGUUACACCAAAGAGUUGCAGCAGGACGACCAGCUUCUCCACCCAGUCGGCCCCGAGGGUGAAGAAAACCUCAGUGAAGAUGAAGACGGCGCUCCUGAAGCAGCAGAGCCUGUUUGUGAGGAGUCUAUUGACAUGGAGGAGUAUAAACAUGCUAUUCUGGAACUUGAGGGCCUGAAGAUUGGGAAUGAGACCUCGUCCGGAGAGACACACACAGAGGAGCAACAUGGAGAAGCGAGCUCAGGGAAGGAGCUCUGUUCUGACGGCGUUAACGAUUUAGUUACAGACAGUUCCAGAAGGUUGGAAAACAACGAGGAGUUUGAGGAGAAUGAGGACAAAUGCCCGGAUUUGGUCGAUCUUUCAGCUUACAACAAAGAGUUCAAGCCUUUCAGAGAUCAAGAUAGCUUACUCCAUGUGAAUGAGCACAGACAAAGAACAACCAGUGAAAUGUCCAUCGGAAGCGUCACCAGCCAGUCCACAAUUCCUCAAUCGGUGAUCAGACAGAAAGUGAAGAAACAGCUGACUAAGGAGCAGAAGGCUGCUCAGAGGAGACGCCUGCAGAAAGGAGAAGCCAACCUGGUGACUAAAGAGAGGAGAGAAAACCUGAGCAACAUCAAGAGUAGCCUGGAAGCAGCCCAGUUCUGGGGAUGAGGACAUAAAGGACUGAUUUACCACAGCAUAAUCUUGGACUGGACUUCAUCUGUGUGUAUGACCUUGCCCUUUAAAACUCACUUGGGGGGCAUUUAAUUAAGCUGCAUGUAACAUUAAUAAAUUGUUUAUAUUGAA